AUGUUAAAUAAAUUAAAUAAAACAUAAGUUAUAGAAGAAAAACAAAACUCCAGAAUUUAUAACUCUAUGCAAGUGGAAAGCAACAAUAAAAAUUCCACUUAAGAUUAUCAAGUACAUCUAAGAGCAGACUCAACAAUCCUGAUACCAUUUAUAGAUGCUUGUUCCUUGGAAUGGAAUGAAAAUGCAAUUUCUGAGGCUGCAAAUAACAAUUCAGGGGAUUAUGAAGCUAAUUUCUUGCAUUUCAAACAUUAUCUUGAAGAUUAAUGUGUUUUCUUAAAAAACAAUUAUGAUCUGGCAAUUCGAAUAGUUGAUUAUUUAGAUAGUAAAAAACUAUUCACUGAUUACAUCAAAAAUACUGAGGCUUAAUUACAAGCCGAUGAUAAGGGAAGAAGCACAACAAAUAUCCAGCAUACGAUUAAAACUAUUAGAAAGGAUAUAUAUCGCUUUAGAAAAGAGCUCAAGGAGAUAAUGGCCAUCUGUGCAGAAGCAGAAACACCAUUGAUACUUAAUGAAGUUGGGAAUCUCAAAAAAGAAAUUUUAGAGAAGUACAAUUAAUUAGUCAAUGACAUAAUUCCUGGCAUUUUAUUUGAUGAUAUUUCAAUUGAAAUAGUUCAAAACUAUUACAUUAAUUAAUCAAAUGCUUAAUCUGACGAAGUUAUUCAUUUUAAUUUAGUUAAAUCAUAUGUGUUAUCGCCAUUCAUUCCACGAUUUAGAGCUUAUGUCUAUUAAAUUUAUGAAAUUGCUCAGUCAGAGUUCAAUUAGACUCAAAAUCUGUUAAAUAAAUUACAAUAACUGGGUAAAACUGCUAGCAAUUAGUAAACCUAAUCAGUUUAAUUAUACUAUGAUUUACCAUAAUUUAUAGAUUAAUACAAAGUCAAUCUUAAUUAAUAAUGUUCUUUAUUACCUACAACUCUAUAAGAUGAUAAGGAAUAUUGGAAUUAUUAUGAAUAAAAUGUUUAGUUGAAGGAGAAGAUCAAUAAUGAAUUAACGAAUAUUAAGAUUAAAAAUGAAUAGGAAUAAUAAGAGAUGAGUUUUGUCUAAUUAGAAUUCAAUUAAUUAGUAGAACAAUAAGAUUAUUUUCACAAACUAUUUCUAUUUCAAAAGCAAAUUCCAAUCCUUAUAGAUUAAUUAAAAGAUAUCAAUACAGAGAUUAACAAAAUGUGGAAAGAGUUGCCAGAAAGUAAAGUAAUUUAACAGGAGCGAUUAUCAUAAAUGCUUUAAACUUGUAUUAACAUCAGCAAGAGUAUCUAUGACCAAUUUCCUCAUGGUAGGAUUCCAUUUAAAUUUCAACAAGUCUCAAUGACAGCUGAUAAUUUGGCUAAGUAGAUUUAAGAUCUAACUAAUUUCAAUAUUGAUUAAAACCAAUUAAAUUAUUAGAAUAACCCAAGUCUGCCUGAUAGAAUAAAAGAACUAAUGAAAUGGGAGUACAAUGGAGAAUCAAUUGAAUAAGCUCAAGGGGAGAAUGCAGAAAUAAACAGUUAUCUUACCUAAAUAUUUGAAUUUAAUUCAAUUACAAAUAAACCUCCUUAAAUUGAAGGUGAAUUAAAUUAAUAACUAGAGUAAUGCAACCCUGAUAAUAUCAAUGAGAUGAUGGAACUGAAUGAAAACUAUAAUAUAUGGAAGAAUAUGUAAGCUGCAGGAAUGAUCUUGAAUGAAGAGUAAUUAUAUGCAACUCUAAAAGAUUUGCAAAGAUUACCUUAAUUUGCUAAGAAACUAUAACAUCUCAAGACAUUCUUCUCUAUUAAUUAGUAAAUGCAAUAUGUUGGAUAUAUUACAGAUGUUCUAAAUUUGGUUUAAUUGGUCUAAAAUAAAUAGUUAGAUCAAGCUAAAUUAUUCAUUUAAUAAUCAAAAAAUAUUCCAAGAAUUUAUAAAUAGAAUUUAUCAUAAGCACUAAGUUGA